AACUUCGUCAGGCUGGGACUGAACCAGGGACAUGAAAAAAUUAAUUGGACUUUACCACAGCUUUGUGACCCGGUCAAAGGCCCGAAUGUGAGUUUUAGUGCCCCCUCGCUGUCCCUCUCUCUGAAGGAGCAACAGCUCUGGGUGGAGGUGAUCUUUCAAUGUGCUCCGAAUGUUGUCUGUCGGACUUGGAUGGAGAUGGAAGGUGAUGAAAAGGAUACUCCAACCUGCUGUGCCCUCGGUUCAUUCCUGCCGCUGAACGCCACAGUGACUCUUUAUAAUAAACAUGAUAUGAAUGAUAUUCAGACUCGCACUGAGAUUGUGGAAGAUAGUCGGUGGAAGGUGCCGUUUGUUGUGCUUGCUUCUGGUCAGGAGUACUGUGCUGUGGCCCAGCUUGGCUCCUCUCCCGUCUCUAAACCACAGUGCAUCUACGUCCCACUGCUGGUAACAUUUCUCCUGGCCCCGUAUGGUGUCUACAUUGCUCUUCUUCUCGUGGUGGGGUUUGUGCUGAGGAGAUGGGGGUGUUGGUGUGUUUCGACAGACCUCAGACUCCCUAAAGUUCUGAUGUCUCUUCAGAGUCAGGAUCAGGAGGGUUCUGUUGUGGAUGAACCCAGACAGUCAGCCCCUGAAGAAGAGGAGUCUAUUGUCCAUCUCUCAUUCAUCUCCCUUAACAACAUGCUUCCUUCUGACUCUGAAUCAGUUUAUCCACAUUUGCAGAGUCUUGGGGUCAGAUAUUACACCACAGCCCUUCUGCAGGACCGGUUUUGUGAUGGAAAUGAGGACAUAGAUUACCUCUCCAGAGAUGUCGAAACAGAUUGUGCUUCUCCAGGUUAUUAUCCAUGGCCACGUUGGUCAUCACUUCCUGCUCUCAGAACAGGGAUGGUGUGUUUGUUGGGGAACUUUCUUCCUUCAGAGGGCAUAGGGAUUCCUUUAAGCUCAGUCAGAGUAGCUGGAGCACAGAUAGCCUAGAUGGAGUCAGAGCUUUCUAUCAAAGUACUUCCAAUCCUGUGUAGUGAUGGGAAUUAAUCUUCAAUUAUCUGUUGACUUAAUCCAAGCGGUUUCUCAGCCCAGCCAUUUUUUUCCUGAUGUAUAUGGAAAGGUGACGAUGUAUAUGGGAAGGUGACUGCCAAGAUACAUGUUUUCCAAGAUCCAUCAAGUCUAACAGCCCUAUUCUGUAUACAUGAGCUAAUAUGCUCGUGAUCGGCUAGUGUUGCUCAGAUUGCUAUGCUUCCAGCAGCAGGGCACAGCAUGAUCUUGCAGUUAGCUAUGAAUAAAAACUUUCUAUUCUGAUUUUUUUUUUUUUUUUGGUAAAAACUGUCAAAACUAUUCCUCAGGAAUUUCAAAUGGUCCACAAUUUUGCUCUUUCCCAGCACGCAAAGGACCAUAACCAAGCAAUGACUACAACUUGGUACCAGUGUGUAAAAAUGAGCAAAAUAUGGACAGUUAUGGGUGUUAAUGUUCGUGUGUGCAGAACAGGUUAGUUCCUGUUUGUUAAUAACUUUUGAAGUUAAUAAGACAAAAAUGAAGCUUGUCAUUUUACCCAGAAACCAGAAAGCGUGUCCAUAUUAAUGCCGUCAGUGUUUAAGUUCAGCUACUACAAACUUACAGUACAUAUGGAAUCAUUUUAUGUCACCUCAGUACUAUACUGUAUUUUAUGUAUGAAUAAAUCAGAAGGUAAGGCCAUCAAUCUGUUGAUGAUCUUAACCCAAUCCAAAAUUGGUGCUGAUUUUGGGAUACACCCAUACAGCAGUGUGACGCAUUUCAGUAGGCAGUCAUAAAUCCUCAGCUAUUGGUUCUACCCCCUGUGGACUCUUUUCUGCACAUAUGAAGGGGGGUGGUGAUGUGGCGGUGAUGGUGACGGAGGGAUAGAGACACUCGGCCUGCAAAACUCCCCCCACACUGCCCCCCAGCACUGACUCAUUGUUGCCUGCCCUGGCUUAGUUUUCAUGGUCAAUAACUCACUAUUCACUGCUUUACCGUGCAUUUUAUGCUGAUGGUGGUAUUUUUAAAGAAGUAUUGCAAACCAAAAUUAGGCCCUAAGGAGCAGUGCGGACAUUUGGGUAAGUCCUGUUACUGUGUACAGCUUUAAUUGUAAUGACUUUCACCCUUCUUGAGUUUAAGCUGCUGUCUGUUUGAUUUAUGCCAAGUAGACCAGUGGAGCUAUUUCACUGUGCUGUAGUUUGACGACAGUAGGGUUUUUUUUGUGUGUGCGCCAUGUAUGAUUUUGAUGAAGCCUGUAGUGAAUUAUU